AUGCUCUCCCGGGCCAAGCCGGCCGUGGGGGGUACCCCGCCGCCGGGAGACAGGCGGAGGAAGAAAGGGAAGGAAGUACCGCAAUUGGAAGAACUCUUGGCCCAGAGGGACUUCACCGGCGCGAUCGCCUUGCUGGAGUUUAAACAGCACGUGGGUGAGGAGGAGGAGGAUGGCAACCUUUGGAUUGGAUACUGUGCAUUUCAUUUGGGUGACUACAAGAGAGCUCUGGAGGAAUAUGAGGCCUUAACCAAGCAACCAACUUGCAGUCCAGAUGUUUGGGUGAACCUUGCCUGUACGUACUUUUUUCUGGGGAUGUACACACAGGCAGAGCAAGCAGCUUUGAAAGCACCUAAGAGUGGUCUCCAGAACCGCUUACUCUUUCACCUGGCACAUAAGUUCAGUGAUGAAAAGAAACUGAUGAGCUCUCACCAGAACCUGCAAGAUGUUACAGAAGACCAGCUUAGCCUGGCAUCGAUCCACUACAUGCGGUCCCACUACCAAGAAGCUAUUGAUAUCUACAAGCGCAUUCUGCUGGAUAACCGUGAAUACCUGGCUCUGAAUGUAUAUGUGGCCCUGUGCUAUUACAAACUGGAUUACUAUGAUGUAUCACAGGAAGUGUUAGCUGUUUAUCUUCAGCAAGUUCCUGACAGCACCAUUGCUCUUAACCUUAAGGCUUGUAACCAUUUCCGACUUUACAAUGGAAAGGCUGCAGAGGCAGAGCUCAAGAACUUGACAGACAGUGCCUCAUCAUCUUUUGAGUUUGGCAAGGAGCUCAUUAAGCACAAUCUGGUGGUUUUCCGAGGAGGAGAAGGGGCUCUGCAAGUCCUACCUCCUCUGGUUGAUGUUAUUCCUGAGGCAAGACUGAAUCUUGUGAUUUACUAUCUCCAGCAAGAUGAUGUGCAGGAGGCUUAUAACCUGAUUAAGGACCUAGAACCUGCAGCUCCACAGGAGUACAUCCUCAAAGGGGUGGUAAAUGCAGCACUAGGACAAGAAAUGGGCUCGAGAGAUCAUCUGAAAAUUGCUCAACAGUUCUUCCAGUUGGUGGGGGAAUCAGCCAGUGAAUGUGAUACCAUUCCAGGGAGGCAGUGCAUGUCCUCCUGCUUCUUUCUUCUUAGACAAUUUCCUAAUGUCCUAAUUUACCUCAACUCAAUCAAGAGUUACUUCUACAACAAUGACACUUUUAACUUCAACUAUGCCCAAGCCAAAGCUGCAAUGGGCAAUUUUAGUGAAGCUGAAGAGGUGUUCCUUUUGAUCCAGAGUGAGAAGAUAAAAAGUGAUUUUGUUUACCUUAGCUGGCUGGCUCGCUGCUAUAUUAUGAAUAAGAAACCACAGCUAGCCUGGAAGCUUUAUCUGAAGAUGGAAACCUCAGCGGAUUCCCUUAACCUAUUGCAGCUCAUUGCAAAUGAUUGUUACAAAAUGCAUCAGUUUUACUAUUCAGCCAAAGCCUUUGAUGUUCUGGAGAGACUGGACAAUAAUCCUGAAUACUGGGAAGGCAAGAGAGGUGCUUGUGUGGGUGUAUUUCAAAUGAUCUUAGCUGGCCGAGAAGCAAAAGAGACUCUGCGGGAAGUACUGCACCUUCUGAAGAGCACUGGCAAUUCUCAAGUAGAAUACAUUGUUCGCAUCAUGAAAAAAUGGGCCAAGGAGAACAGAGUGCCUGUUUGAGUCAGUGUCACAAAAUGAACCAGGUCAGUUGAUGUAUGUCUGGCUGCAGGACAAGGGUCUUGGUUUCUCCUGUGCAUUCUGGGUAUCUCCUUCCUUGCAGAGACUUCAGGCAUUCAAGUAGGUUGACCCAGCUGAGGAAGUGUGUCCUGCAGUGAGAUUUAAAACAUAGCAAGUUGGGAGUUUUUUGUUGUUUUUUUUUUUUUUUUAAUUAAAACUUUAUUGGUACUUUUUCUGUUGCACCACUCUAUUCCUCAAAGUUUCAUUUUUUUCAAUAGUAGUUUCAACUGUCCACAAAAUCAAAGUGCUCCUCUAAUGUUCCCCACAUUCCUCCACAUGAGUUACUGCAUGGUGGAAGGGGGGGUUUCCAGCAAGCCUUCUGGCCUCUAGAGAAGAAUCAUUUGUUACAUGACUCAGACAAACCUACUUCAGCAAGUGUUGGAAUGUGGCAAAAAGAGAUGGUGACAGUGAUACCACUAGGCACUACUAGGGUAUCAGAUAAUACAAAAGGCUUAACGUAGAAUCAUAUAAUCAUAAAAUGGCUUGGGCUGGAAGGGACAUUAAAGAUCAUCUAGUUCCAGCCUGCCAUGGGCAGGUACAGCUUUCACUCAGAGCUGUGCAGGUCUCUCAGAGUUUUGUUCAAGCUGGCCUUAAACACUUCAAGGGAUGGGCCAUCUACAACUGCUCUGAGUAACUUGUUCCAGUGCCUCAUCACCCUCAUAGUAAAGAAUUUUUUCCUGGUAUCUAUAUUAAAUGUAAUCUCAGUUUGAAACCAUUCCCUCUUGUCCCAGUCACUACAUGCCCUUGUGAAAAGUCUCUC